AUGGUGCUCAAAGUCGUCGUUUUUACCGCUACUGGAGACCAAGGUUCUAGCGUCUGCAAGUAUGCCCUCGAGGCUGGUUUUGAGGUUUAUGGCAUUACCCGGAACCCCACCUCCGACAGCGCUCAAGCUCUUGCCGCCCAAGGCGUCCAUCUAAUCCAAGGCGACAUGUCCUCCCCAUCCUCCUACUAUUCCUCCCUCAAAGGCCUCGACGCUGCAUUCAUCAACGCCGAUUUCUGGGCCAAGUACAUGUCCAACGGCGGUGAUGCUGAAGCUGCCCAAGAGGCCGAAACGGCAGAGUCUAAAGGCGCGGCUGAUGCGUGCGUCGAGGCGGGUAUCAAGCAUAUCGUCUAUUCUACGCUGGAUGCGGUGGAGAAGGGCGCUGCGCCUCACUUUGAGUCGAAAGCUGCUGUUUCGACGUAUCUGAAGGAGAAAAAGUAUCCCUUCACCAACCUCUACACCUGCAACUAUUUCUCCAACCUCUACAAAUUCGGGCUCCUCAAACAAUCGCCCGACGACAAGCGAUGGGUGCUCAAUUUUACCGUGCCAGACGACACCAAAGUGCCUUCUUACCCCGCGGACCAGACGGGUAAAUGGGUGGUUGCUGCUUGGAAAGCGCCUGACGAGUGGAUCGGCAAAGACAUGACGGCUUGUACCGAUGCCCUCACCGUCGGCGAGAUGGCCGCCUCCCUCUCCAACCUCGCCGGCUUCAAAGUCGACACCCCCCACAUCUCUCGUGAGACCUUCUUCAGCGAGGCGCACAAAGAAGCUGUAGGAGAAGAACUCUGGUUGGCUAUGAAAAUUCUCAUCGAAGGUGGGAUGGAUAGAGAUGUGGAAGCGAGUAAGAAGGUUGUGCCCGACCAGCACAACUUUGAAGCUUGGGCUCGGAACAGUUCUGGUUUGAAGACUUUGCUCGGGAUCUGA